GUUCUGUACUACUUCAGGUCGACCAAGCGCCCUCGUUCCUUGCCAAUCGCUUUCCUUUGUCUACUGGUUUCCUAGGUGUCUUGGGUAUUUCUUCGUCCUUUUGCACGUAAUCGAUGAGUAUCACCACCUGCUGCUUGCCUCCAACAAGCAGUCUACCACCAGUGCGGCGACUGAAGUCUGUGACGAAAGACGAGCUGCUCUCUGCGUUGCGCAACAUUCAGCAAAUCUACUGUCCGCUGCGUUUGCCCACAGUCUUGCACAGGGAUAAGCCCCACCAGCCUCAGCCUGUCGAUUCCGGCUAUGUGUCUGAGGACGAGGUAGCACAGGACGACGUGUCAGACGUGGAAGAUCAUGUCGCAACCAUACGUGUGGACGAAUUCGAGCGAUCUUUCACCGUACGAUGGCUUACCGCAUUGAUAGCGCGAGGCGCCGAACUUCCCUUCGAUGAGGAGGACACUGCGAUGAUCAUCGAUCAAGCCUCAUCAAUCUUAUCCUCUUUCACUGAUCCUGGCCAUGACGACGCUGAGCAGGCACUUACUCGAGAAUUCGCAUUUCCUAAUCCGAUCUCCUCGGAAGCCGUCAAAAUCAGCCUGAACGACGCGCCACUAUCCGGAACCGACCACACAGACGUCGGUCUUCAGAGCUGGGGUGCCAGCAUCGUCUUUUCCGAACUGCUUUGUUCCACGCCUGAAAAAUUUGGAAUUGAUGUGCUUCCGUCUCGAGCCAAGAUCCUUGAAUUGGGCGCCGGAACAGGUCUGGUCAGUUUAACGCUGGCAAAGCUGCUUCCCGCGCUGAGCGUCGCGAACCCGUCAAUCGCCGCUACAGAUUUUCAUCCCACGGUGUUGGACAACCUGCGUGGUAACAUCGCGACAAAUUUUCCGACAGGUUCUGAUGCCGAAUCGGCCCCCAAAGCCAUGUUUCUCGACUGGUCUGCACCACCGUCGGCACUGGAAUCUACUAUGGACAUGCUGUUUGCUGCUGAUGUAGUGUAUGCACCAGAGCAUGCAAGAUGGUUGCGUGACUGUGCAGGCGUUUUGCUGGCUCCUGCCGGUGUAUUUUGGCUUAUGAUCACGUUGCGAAAUCAUGGUAAGUUUGAGGGCAUUUCGGCUACAGUGGGAAUCGCCUUCGAAGACGCCCCGCCCUUGAUCAAGAACGGUCGUGCUUUGAGAAUUAUCGAGAGGCAACUUUUCAAGAAGCAGCGAGGCGUUGGUCGAGGCGAUGAAACUGGCUACAUGCUUUUCAAAAUUGGGUGGAUUGAGUGUUGAAUAGCGUUUCUGCAUGAUUUGAGAUAUCCUAGACAAAGAGUUAGACAGGCUAGACUACGAAUUACGGACCAGGCGUUCCGCGUAUAAUGCGG